AUGGAAAGCUACAUUGCUAAUAUAGUGAAGAAAGUCAUCAGUCUCAUUUACCUUAUCAAAAGAGCUUUUAAAGACCAUUUCGAAGAUAUGAUCCUCAAACUGUACACAACUUAUUUACUUCAAGCAAGUUAUUCAUUCUACACUUGGCCCUCAGCACCAGUUCUUGCUUGGUUUAUUUGGGAAAACCGACAAGAAUUUUACGGGAAAAAGGUACUGGAACUGGGAUCCGGCACCGCCUUACCUGGAAUAUUAGCCGCAAAGUGCGGAGCAGACGUUACUCUAACCGAAUCGGCCACCUUACCUAAAUCGCUAUCGCACACUCGCCGAAGUUGUCAGGUCAAUAAUUUAACAAUCAAUAAGCAUAUACGCGUCAUAGGACUAUCUUGGGGCUUGUUUUUGAGUAAUUUGGACUUGUUAGGACCAGUUGAUUACGUAAUUGGAUCCGAUUGCUUCUUCGAACCAUCCACUUUUGAGGAUAUAUUAGUCACGGUAGCUUAUCUGCUCGAUAAUAAUAUCAACGCAAAGUUUUUCUGUACUUAUCAAGAAAGGAGUUCCGAUUGGUCGAUAGAGCACCUGCUGCUAAAGUGGGAUUUAGAGUGUAUCGUACACAGCAUAAAUAAUCUGGGAAACAGUGUUGGAUUGAACAUUCACGAUCUCAUCGGCGAUCACAGCGUCCAUUUGCUAGAAAUCUCGCGGAAAUCGUGAUGGCAGCGAAUGCGGUUCGCGAAAUAUACAAAUUGUUCGUGAACAACAUUCCUUGGACAGUAGGCCACGGGGAAUUGAAGACAUAUUUCAGUAAGUUCGGCCACGUGCACCAGGCGUCGGUAGUUUUCGAUCGAAAAACCGGACUAUCGAAGAAUUUCGGAUUCGUUACAUUCAGCAACCGCGAAGGUCUUGAAAACGCCACCAAGCAGCAAGUCCAUAAACUAGAGGGCAAUACAAUACGGUUACAACCGUCGAAUUAAUCAUGGCGGAUUCGGUAGAUAAUUUUAGCGAUUUAAAAGAGUUAGGAAUAGACAUUAAUGAAUGUAAUGAUAGUUUGAGCGUUUCUUUUACGAAAGCAGCGAACCGUUUACAAAAAAUUCUACCUAAUGUCGAUAAUCAGAUGUUGCUUACGCUAUACGGUUACUACAAACAAGGAAUGGAAGGAAGUUGUAAUAUCCCCAAACCAAGCUGGUACGACUAUAAAGCUAAGUCCAAAUGGGAAUCCUGGAAUAAAUUGGGCGACAUGUCCCGAAAGGAAGCUAAACAACGCUAUAUAGAUGCUCUAAAAGUAGUUGAUCCUUCAUUUGACAGCGCACCCGAUGAUAAACCGGCAGAGCAAUGGGCAAAAGUCUCAUCGAUGGUCGAUCAAGAUGAUGCAACGACUGCGUUAACAAUUGUCGAUCACAUAAGAGAUGGCAGAGUUAACGAAAUUAAAAAGUUCGUCAAAUUAAAGUCACCAAACGCCGUAUACGAUGACCUACCUCUGAUACAUUGGGCGGCCGACAGUGGCAACGUAGUCGUGCUGAAGGAAUUGAUCGAAUUGGGGGCAAAUUUCGAUUUGUUGGACAGCGACGGACAGACAGCUUUGCAUUAUUCCGCGAGCUGCGGACACGCGGAUUGCGUUAAGUUUUUGGUGCAAAGAGGUGCUAGGAAAGAUAUAGCAGAUAGUGAUGGUAAUAUACCUUCUGAUGUUGCUGCCGAUGACAAUAUUAAACGUUUGUUGAAGUAAGCUGUAAUGCCGUUUGUAAUUUUUACGAAAAUAUAGAAUUUAUUUGGAA